CUAUGAACUUUCCACUCCCUUGUUUCGAAAAUCUGACAAUCUAUCGAGGAAAGUGAAAGCGAAGUUUGUGAACGUGCAAAAGUAAAAGUUGCAGACAGUAUCGACACUCUGAUUACCAGUCUCCACUCGGUACACUUUCGGUAAAUUUUGUGACAUACGUUGUUCGAACAAUUAAUUAGCUUGAGAUCAAGCGUGACCACAUACGUCGGCGAACUGACGUUGGCAAACUGACACGUUGGCGAAACGACCAGUUACCCUUCUGACACGGUCAAUGAUUGACCCACUGGGGGGUUCUGUCCUGGUGUACCGGUUCACAAGGGAAUUACCAUUGUUCUUUCUUUGUUUAGGAGUUAUCGGUUAGCUAUUGUGUAUUGUUUGGUGAACCGGUACACGAGGACAGAAGCCACUGGGGCUUAUAUUGAUCGGAUCGAGUGAUAAAGACAAAAUUUGUAGGAGUGCUCAACAUCAGACAGGCAAGGCAGGCACUGAUUGGCUGGGAUUAUGUUGACCAUUCUAUCAGGAGUUCUAGGAUUAUUGUUUUUGCUAUGGAUAUUCUCUGACUCUUUAUGGCCUGCACCACCUGCAUUUGUUGAGAGACAACUUGGUAAACCAGAUCUGCCCAUUGAGUACAACUUGGUACAUGAUGCCAAAAAUAUUCCUAGGUUGGCUGGAAAACAAUUGCUCUUCAGUAAAUGGCUUGGGAAAACUAGCCUGGGAAAUGUUUUAAAACAGUUUGCAUUUAGAAAAGCAGGAUUGGACUUGCUUAUAAGAAUUAAAAUUCCUGAUGCUCCAACAUUAUUUCCUUUGCCGGAGCCUCAUCAACAUAGAAAGAGCUAUGAACCUGUUGACUUUGACAAAUUGAUUGAGGAAAGAAAAGCAGGAUUGGACUUGCUUAUAAGAAUUAAAAUUCCUGAUGCUCCAACAUUAUUUCCUUUGCCGGAGCCUCAUCAACAUAGAAAGAGCUAUGAACCUGUUGACUUUGACAAAUUGAUUGAGGAAAGCAUAGAAGAACCAAAAGAAUCUUCCUUCAAGUUUGUAACUAUUCUUGACCUCACAAAGGAAUACAGGUCACACACAGUCACUCCAAUGCAGAUAGCACAAAGAGUGAUAGAGAUCAUUAAUGACACAGAGAAACAAAAUCCCAAGUUAAGAGCCAUUGUCCAGCAUGACGAAGAUGAAAUUCUUAAGAUGGCUGCAGAAUCCACUAAACGGUAUGCUGAAGGAAAUCCAUUGUCUUUCAUGGAUGGGAUUCCUGUGGCCACGAAAGAGGAGUAUUUAGUGGUGCCAUACUAUACUCGUUGUGGCACUACAUUUAUGGGAAGAACACGAUCAACAGAAGAUGCUCACAUAGUGAAGAAGUUGCGCAUGGGAGGGGCAAUCAUCAUUGGCAUAACCAACAUGCAUGAGGUGGGAAUUGGGACAACAGGAAACAAUCCAAACAGACUUCAUGGAAUCCCAAGAAAUCCAUACAAUGUGAAUCAUUACACUGGAGGAAGUUCCAGUGGGUCCGCUGUGGCAGUGGCAGCAGGUUUGUGCCCAGUCUCUCUAGGAACAGACGGUGGGGGUUCUAUUCGUAUCCCAGCUGCAGCAUGUGGAGUGGUUGGAAUAAAAGCAUCUUGUGGCCGCAUUAGCACCAGUGGAGAAGUUCCCCUGGCACAUACUGUUAGUUAUACUGGUAAGUUGUGGUAUUCUUAGUUAAAUUUUGAAACCCAGUGGCAAUUACAAAUGUGGGAGUUUAUAAAACUGACAAAUCUGAAUUUAAAAUGACGUCAACACAGUCACUUUCUUUGAAUGACAACUUUUUGGGAGUCUUUUACACCAAUAAGAGUACGUAUGAUGCACG